UCUUUGUGACUCAAAAGACUUUGAGGGACGUGUUUGUGCAGCAGAAGAGAUGAAGCCGUUUCCACUACACACACUCAUCCUGCUCGGUGUGUUGCAUCACUUCGGCUCCUGUUCAGAGUGUGAGAGCCGGUGUGAACCCAAGUUUGAGCGCGUUGGGGAAAAUGUCACCAUCAAGUGCAGCAUCACAAACCCAGAUCAGCAUGGAGUUUACCUGCUCACACAGCGAGAGGAGACGAGCACAGAGGAGCGGGUGUUGUACUAUUACAAAGAGGGAAAGCCUGAUGGAGUGUUAACUCCUGAGACACCCUACGAAGGCAGAGUGGAGAUAAACAGGGACUUCGGAGAUUUCUCAGUGUCCAUCAGUAAUGUGAGCGAGCAGGACAGCGGAGUUUACUGGUGCAAAUUUAACAAACUUGACGUUAAUACCAUCAGUCAGCGGACGUGUCUGUUUGUCCAGUCAGAGUGUGAGAGCCGGUGUGCACCCAUGUUUGUGCGCGUUGGGAAAAAAGUCACUAUCAAGUGCAGCAUCACAAACCCAGAUCAGGAUGGAGUUUACCUGUACACACAGCGAGAGGAGACCAGUAAAGAGGAGACAGUGUUGUACUAUUAUGGUCUUAAACAAACCCUCACUCCUGAGACACCCUACAAAGACAGAGUGGAGACAAACAGGGACUUUCGAGACUUCUCCGUGUCCAUCAGGAACGUGAGCAAGCACGACAUGGGAUUUUACUGGUGCAGAUUUAACAAAUUUGAUAAAAAUACCAACAGUACUGACACGUUUCUCUUCGUCCAACCAGAAAUUAUACACACAUGUAAAGAGGAAGGUGAUAUAAAGGAGUAUAAAGAAGAAUGUGUUUGGAAGAAGUUUGCCUACAUACUUGCCGGGAUGUUCAUUUUCACUUUGAUCAUUCUGGUGGUUGUACUGGUGAGGAUGUGUACGGAUCGUAGAAAUGACACACCGCGGCGCCAGCCCUCGAACGGUGUGUAUGAGGUCAUGCGUAGCAACACCAUGACUGCACUCACCAACCCGGCGUACGAGUCCAGCAAGAAACGCAUUCAGUCUCAGUCAUGCUGAUGGUGUAAGAUUCGGAACAUUUCACUCUCUCACUUCAGACUGAAGCGAAGCCACGGUUUCGCACCCACUUCAAAGUGUGUCUUUAAACGACACCAAACAACAACAAAGUGCACUUUUAGUUCAGUGGUGAACUCAGCAGAGCUUUUAAACUGAGGGGGGACAUGUGUUAGUUAGAAUGGAUGCAGAUGAUAAUAAAAUAAUUAUCUAAUAAUAAUUAUUUUUCUACUUUAUCUGAGGUAAAUGUAGCUGGCUCUAACUUUAUUUAUAUAAAAAUCGCUAUUAAACAUUUAAUAAUAGUUAGCGAAUUCAUAAUCUUAGGCAUAAAUGUUUUUUUUCACUGUCUCACUGUCUCACCUUUUCACUGUCUCACCGUCUCACUGUCUCACCGUCUCACCUUCUCACUGUCUCACCGCCUCACCUUUUCACUGUCUCACCGCCUCACCUUUUCACUGUCUCACCGCCUCACCGCCUCACCUUUUCACUGUCUCACCGCCUCACCUUUUCACUGUCUCACCGUCUCACCUUUUCACUGUCUCACUGUCUCACUGUCUCACCAUCUCACUGUCCUUAGCAGUGCAGUGAUUUUAUUCAGCAAACAGUAAACAUGUCUGAGGUAAAUGUGGACGUUCUGGAUGGUUCAUGUCUGUCGUUUUUACAUUGUCCAUACAUUUGUCCAUACUUGAAUUCUACCUGCACUUAUUGUCCCGUUUGGUGUCCCAGUAUUAUUUCAAAAUGUAAUUUACACUGUAUGUAAAUAUAUGAUGUUUGUGCAUUUUAUAUAAGAUAUAUUUUUAUGAAAUAGUGGAAAAGAACAAAAAAUAUAUAUAUAAAAAAACGAGUAUAUUUUUUUAUCGAUGGAUAAAACCAUAUUGAACUUUUUUAUGAUGUAGCUUUAAUAAAACAAACAUUU